CCAAACCUUUUUGUGACUAUCUAGAAUGGCUUGGUUUGAUAUAGCCGUUAAAAACUUUGGAUUCCCCAGUAUUGAGCUGUUUGUGAAGGCAGGAAUUGAUGGGGAAAGCAUUGGCAACUGUCCAUUCUCCCAGAGACUCUUCAUGAUCCUUUGGCUAAAGGGGGUCAUCUUUAAUGUCACAACUGUGGACCUCAAGAAGAAACCAGCUGAUUUGCAAAACCUUGCACCAGGAACCAACCCACCUUUUAUGACCUUUAAUGGUGAAGUGUUGGUGGAUGUUAACAAGAUUGAGGAAUUUCUUGAGGAAAGGCUUACACCACCAAGGUAUCCCAAGUUGGCUGUUAAACACCCAGAGUCAAACAUCGCAGGAAUAGAUGUAUUUGCAAAGUUUUCUGCCUAUAUCAAGAACUCUCGCAAAUAUGCAAACGAUGGAUUGGAGAAAGCUCUGUUGAAGUCCCUGAAGAAAUUGGAUGACUACUUGCUGUCUCCAUUGCCAGAGGAGAUUGAUGCCAACAACCCUGAUGACACAGGACCAUCUACACGCAAUUUCCUGGAUGGACCAGACCUAACUCUUGCUGACUGCAACCUGCUUCCCAAACUACACAUCAUCAGGAUUGUUGCAAAGAAGUAUAGAAGUUUUGAGAUUCCAGCUGACAUGAAAGGGAUUUGGCGAUACCUGAACUCUGCCUACCAGAAAGAAGAGUUUACCAGCACCUGUCCUGCAGAACGAGAGAUUGAGUUUGCCUAUUUGGAUGUUGUCAGAAAGAGAGAGGGAUGCGGAAUCUGGGCUAAGCAGACGACAGUGGAGACAGAAGCACAGCACUGGAUGAAUGGAGGUUUAGAAAGCCAGUUGCUGGGAAGGCACCACUUAACCUGCAAGUAUUUAGUAAUUCAUCACCCAUGUAUAUUUGAAUACUGACUCAUUCUUUGACAUGUGUGUAUCUGUUUGCAUGUUUUUGUGCCAGUACUUACAUGGGUAUUGUAUAACUCAUUCUUGUUCUUUAUACAGUUCCUUGGUCCUAUAUUUAGAUCAGUGGGAAUAUAAAAUCCUGAAGCUUUGCCUGUGUGCUUGCUUUCCUCCUUUCUGCAAAAAGCUAUUCUAGAUGAGGAACACUC